AUUUGUGGCAGAAGUGAGAAUAUGGUAAAGGUGACAAGUUAGCGGGUGACAAUAAUGGCCGUAGCAUCAAUCCUUAAAUAGUUUUUUUCUUCUUCGGAGCAAUUCUAACUAAAACAGUGAUGGUAUCAUAGUUGUUGAGUUCAGUCUUGCCCCUUCUCUUCACGAAUAGUAUCGUUUUCAUUUCUUCUGAAUCUGUCUUUGAUGGACAACGCAGCUGCUGAACUUCAAAGUGUGGCAGCAGAUCCUGCUCUUCUUCUUCACCAUCAGACUUGUGCUGGAAAUGGGAUUGGUGACAGUACCUCCUUGAUUCCAGAAUCCUCCAGAAGACCAAGCCUCUCCUCUCUGCAAAUACCAGCGUUGUCAGUGGAAAAUGCAUUAUCUUCUUUUAACAAGACAGAUGGUCCUAUAUUGAUAUCAAGUCCAGGUUCCAGUAGAGGACUGCCCCCAAGGCCAAAUUCAGCCAGAGUCAUCAAGUCCACUAUGAAAACUUUACUCUCUGAAAGGAGCUUUAGGGCUAAGAAUUCUUCAAUGGAUAGUGAAAGGACAGUUCUCAUUAUUCCUGAUGGCUCACCAUCAGAUGGUCCUGUGGAUAAUAAGCCUUCGACUUCGCGGUCCCUUUCUCUUAACAAGAUUUUGUUCUCUUCCUCAACAAAAGCAGCACAUUCAUUGCCGGUUACUCCAACUGCAAAUUCAGGUCCAGAGAAUGUACAUGGAAGACAUCUAGGGUGUGAUUCUGAUUUAAGUAAAAUGAAAGUAAAUCAGCACAUGACUCGAUCAGUUUCGGUUCCAGUUAAUAUCAAAACUGCUAAUUUAAGGCAUACAGAUUCUAGAAGGCUGGUUCGUGUAAUUUCAGUAAGAUCACUACCAGGAACUAGUGGCAGCAUUUCAGCUGACAAUGCUUCAGGAUCAGAGAUUGUCAAUGAAGAUGCUUCUGAGGAUAUUCCAGAGGAAGAUGCAGUUUGUAGGAUUUGUUUGGUGGAGCUUGCGGAAGGAGGGAAUACUCUUAGGAUGGAAUGCAGUUGUAAAGGUGAGCUUGCACUUGCUCACCAAGACUGUGCAGUAAAGUGGUUUAGUAUCAAAGGAAACAAGACCUGUGAUGUCUGCAAGCAGGAAGUCCAAAACCUUCCAGUAACACUCUUGAAAAUUACUAAUCCUCAAACUGUUACUCGGCAGCCAUUGAAUGCACCAGAACCACAACAGAGAGAAGUAACUUCUUACAGGAUAUGGCAGGAUGUAUCAGUACUUGUCUUGGUCAGCAUGCUUGCAUACUUUUGUUUUCUUGAGGAGCUACUGGUUUCAGAUUUGGGCACUCGUGCACUUGCCAUUUCAUUACCUUUCUCCUGUGUUUUAGGUCUCCUUUCAUCUAUGAUUGCUUCAACCAUGGUGAGCGGGAGUUACAUGUGGGCUUAUGCUUGCUUCCAGUUUUCAAUUGUCAUCCUGUUUGCUCAUGUGUUUUAUACUAUACUUAAUGUUAAUGCCAUCCUCUCAGUCCUUCUCUCCUCAUUCACUGGAUUUGGGAUUGCAAUCAGCUUGAAUACGCUGCUAACAGAGUAUGUUAGAUGGAAAACAAGAAGACAGAUUCAAUCUUCUACGGCACGGCAGCAGCGCCGUGAUCAUGCACUGCAGUAGCAAAAACAUCAAUGACAGUGUCACCAACUGCAAAGGCUGCAACAACAGUGACAGUAGCUCCUCCAGCAAUAGUUGAACACCAGUAUUUUGCAAACAUGAAGCAUUUUUUGGUCUCUUAUUUGUUUAUAGUUUAGAAACUACAAAGAUUUGGCCUUUCCAAUUUGGUGUGAACCAAAAUAUAUGAUGAAUGAAUGAAUCCAUCAUGAGCAGCAAUAUGUAAACUGCGAAUACAGGAUAGGAAUGUUUUUGUUGAAUAUUUUUUGAAAGGGGGUUGAGGGCGUUUAUAUGCUUACAAUAUAUAUGGUUGUCAUGUAUUUUUUAUCAUUAGAUUCUUGCAUCAAGAUUUGUACUAUAAUAAUUUGAAGAUAAUUGACUAUUUCUUGAAUCGGACAUAAA